CGGCAGCAGCAGCAGUGUUGUCGCGGGGAGCAGACCGCAGCCAGCCGCAGUGGGCGCCGCAGCCGCGCCAGUCGUGCGCACAGCAUCCUGAGAGCGCGCUGAGCGCGGGGACCCGCGGACCAUGCCGUGUCACCGCGACCGGGAGGGGGGCAGGCGCGCUCCUUUUUGACAUAAAAGCCAGCCGGCCAAAUAGAUUUAUAUCCAUAUAAUUCCGCCCUUCACGGAGCCGGUGUGCGAAGCGUGAGCUCUAUUUCCCUCUGCCUCCUCCUUCCACUCCUCCUCCUCCCCUUCCUCCUCCUCGCCCUCCUCCUCUUUCUCCUCCUCCUAAGUGUACAGACUGCACCCUACCACCUGGUUGGCUUCUGACAAACGGGCAUCUCUCCCUUUUUAGGGACCAGAGACACAGAGAAAGAGAGAGGAGAGAGACAAGGGACAUUCUAAUGCAGACUGCCUGAUACUCCCCCCUCCAAAAAAAAAAUAAUAAUAAAUUUUGGCUCUUGUCCCCUCCUCCAACCCCCACCCCCUCAAGCUUGUGUGAGAUGUUGGGUUUCUUCAGGAGACACUGCUGAGAAGUCGCAGUGGUUGGAGAGGCGUAGGGGGGUGGACUCCCUCUACCUCCUCUCCCUCCCUCCCCCUUUUUUCUUUCUGGGAGGAGGUGGAGGAGGAGGAGGAGGGGAAGGGGGGUUGCAGAGCGAGCGAUGGAUGAGGAAAACAUGACGAAAAGCGAGGAGCAGCAACCUCUGAGUUUGCAAAAAGCCUUGCAGCAGUGCGAGCUGGUUCAGAACAUGAUAGACUUGAGCAUCUCCAAUCUGGAAGGGCUUAGGACGAAGUGUGCAGCUUCCAACGACCUCACGCAGAAGGAGAUCCGGACCCUGGAGAGCAAGCUGGUGAAGUACUUCAGCCGGCAGCUGUCCUGCAAGAAGAAGGUGGCCCUGCAGGAGCGCAAUGCCGAACUGGAUGGCUUCCCCCAGCUCCGCCACUGGUUCCGGAUCGUGGACGUGCGCAAGGAAGUCCUGGAGGAGAUCUCCCCUGACCAGCUGAGCCUGGAGGACCUCCUAGAGAUGACAGAUGAGCAGGUGUGCGAGACGGUAGAGAAGUACGGCGCCAACCGGGAGGAGUGUGCCCGGCUCAACGCCUCCCUGUCCUGUCUCAGGAAUGUGCACACAGCAGGUGGGAAUCUCUCCAAACAAGACUGGAUCAUCCAGUGGCCCACCACGGAGCCAGGGCAGGACAGCAACCCUGUGUGCCCCCCGGAGUCCAGCCCGUGGAUCCGCACCCACCUCUCCCAGAGCCCCAGGGUCCAGUCCAAAUGUGUCCAGCCCUUCUGUCACGCCAGCCCUAUGCCUGGGACCCCUGUGUACACCCACGUGGACAGACUCACCGUGGAUGCCUACCAGAGCUUGUGCCCGCCGCCACCCCUGGAAUCAGGCCACCGCUCCCUGCCCCCGUCACCCCGGCAGCGGCACGUAGUCCGCACCCCACCUCGCACCCCGAAUAUCGUCACCACCGUGACCCCUCCUGGCACGCCACCCAUGAGGAGAAAAAACAAGCUGAAACCUCCGGGGACACCACCACCCUCCUCUCGGAAACUUAUCCAUCUGAUUCCCGGCUUCACAGCGCUGCACAGGAGCAAAUCCCAUGAGUUCCAGCUCGGGAACCGUGUGGACGAGGCCAACACACCCAAAGCCAAGAAGAAGAGCAAACCCCUGAACCUCAAGAUCCACAGCGGCGUGGGCAGCUGCGAGAACAUCCCUGCCCAGCAGCGCUCCCCACUCCUGUCCGAGCGCUCCCUGCGGUCCUUCUUCGUGGGCCACGCGCCCUUUCUGCCCUCCACCCCACCCGUCCACACGGAGGCCAAUUUCUCUGCAAACACACUGUCUGUACCACGGUGGUCACCACAGAUCCCACGCAGAGACCUUGGCAACUCCAUCAAGCACAGGUUUUCCACCAAGUACUGGAUGUCUCAGACGUGCACUGUCUGCGGGAAAGGGAUGCUUUUUGGCCUCAAGUGUAAAAACUGCAAGUUAAAGUGCCAUAACAAAUGCACCAAAGAAGCCCCACCCUGUCAUCUCCUGAUCAUCCACCGAGGAGACCCAGCAAGGUUAGUGCGAACAGAGUCAGUCCCCUGUGACAUCAACAACCCUGUCCGGAAGCCAGCGCGAUACUCAGAUCUUCACAUAAGCCAGACGCUCCCCAAAACCAACAAAAUCAACAAGGACCACAUCCCUGUCCCUUACCAGCCAGACUCCAGCAGCAACCCCUCAUCCACGACGUCCUCCACGCCCUCCUCACCAGCACCCCCCCUCCCUCCCAGUGCCACGCCGCCUUCUCCCCUGCACCCUUCCCCACAAUGCACGAGACAGAAAAAGAACUUCAACCUGCCAGCUCCUCACUACUACAAAUACAAGCAGCAGUUCAUCUUCCCAGAUGUGGUGCCUGUACCGGAGACGCCGACCCGGGCACCUCAAGUCAUCCUGCAUCCUGUCACCUCGAAUACAAUCUUGGAAGGAAAUCCAUUACUUCAGAUUGAAGUGGAACCGACCUCGGAGAAUGAAGAAGGCCACGAUGAAGCAGAGGAGUCCGAGGAUGACUUUGAGGAGAUGAACCUAUCCCUCCUCUCAGCCCGGAGCUUCCCACGCAAGGCCAGCCAGACCAGCAUCUUCCUUCAGGAAUGGGACAUCCCCUUUGAGCAGCUAGAGAUUGGCGAGCUCAUCGGGAAGGGCCGCUUCGGGCAGGUGUACCACGGGCGCUGGCACGGUGAGGUGGCCAUCCGGUUGAUUGACAUCGAGAGGGAUAACGAGGACCAGCUCAAGGCCUUCAAGCGGGAAGUGAUGGCCUACAGGCAGACCAGACAUGAGAACGUGGUGCUCUUCAUGGGAGCCUGCAUGAGCCCGCCCCACCUGGCCAUCAUCACCAGCCUCUGUAAGGGACGGACGCUCUACUCUGUGGUGAGGGACGCCAAGAUUGUCCUGGAUGUCAACAAAACCAGGCAGAUCGCACAAGAAAUUGUGAAGGGCAUGGGCUACCUCCACGCGAAGGGCAUCCUUCACAAGGACCUCAAAUCAAAGAAUGUCUUCUAUGACAACGGCAAAGUGGUCAUCACGGAUUUCGGGCUCUUCAGCAUUUCUGGGGUGCUACAGGCUGGCAGACGAGAAGACAAGCUACGCAUCCAGAAUGGCUGGCUGUGCCACCUGGCCCCAGAGAUCAUCCGUCAGCUGUCCCCCGACACUGAAGAGGACAAGCUCCCCUUCUCCAAGCACUCGGAUGUCUUUGCUCUCGGCACCAUCUGGUAUGAGCUCCAUGCCAGGGAGUGGCCCUUCAAGACUCAACCAGCAGAGGCCAUAAUUUGGCAGAUGGGCGCAGGCAUGAAACCCAACCUCAGCCAGAUUGGAAUGGGAAAAGAAAUCUCGGACAUUCUGCUCUUCUGCUGGGCCUUUGAGCAGGAAGAGCGGCCCACCUUCACCAAGCUCAUGGACAUGCUAGAGAAACUGCCAAAGCGAAACCGCCGUCUGUCACACCCCGGACAUUUCUGGAAGUCUGCAGAGCUGUGACCGUGGACAUGGGCCAGCAUCAGCUGACUCGCCCCCAAACCACCUCUUCCUCCCUGCUCUGCCCUCUGCCAGCUCAGGAGGCCCAGGCUUACCACCAGGGGAGUCCCAACACAGCCCAGCCUGGGAGACCUGUGCGAUGACCCGGACGCCGUGGAGGCUGACCGCAUCUUGGACUUGUACCCCUUUACUCAGGCAGGAUCAGGGACCCCCCCCUGAGCUAGGAUCAAGCUGGACGAGUGAGGGUCCCGUGCACGGUCUGAAGAGCAGCAGACGCAACACAACAUGGCCAGGCUGUGGAGACCCAGACCGACGGCCCUGUGGGCAGACUCCCUCACAGGACCGGCGAGUGUGCAUGUGUCGUCUACGUGUGGACGGGACCUCCAGCUCUCUUACCACCCGGACAAGCCUGCCCACCUGUGGAGUGUCCCAGCUGUGCUAUCCCAGAACUUGGGACAGGGAUGGAACCAGGAACGACAUGCCUGCUCCGUUGAGUCAAGGUUCCCAGGCCAAGGUCAGAGUGGAAAGGGUUAAGGCUAAGGUUGCAACAUCUGUUUGUAGAGGCCCCAUCCCAAGCUGGAAGUGACUGCUAGCCCCUGGGCGCACAGCUCCGAAGGACACUAGGCAGUCCCGUGUGUCAGCUCCGAAGGACACUAGGCAGUCCCGUGUGUCGUUUUACUAUGGGGCCUCUCUGGGGAGAAGUCCUUUGGUUUCCCCCUUCAUCCUGUUUUGUAAGAAUGGUGUUCUGACUCACCUCACAGGCCACCUUCCCCUGGGCAAAUUGGAGGACACCAUAGCAUCUCAGCUGAUAUGGCAUCUGGAGGUCCUUUGUAGCUCACCAUCAUUCAUGGUGUACACACACACACACACACACACACACACACACACACACACACACACCACCGCCAAAGUCUGAGUCCUGAGAACUGGGCCUGCGGCAAGAGAGUUCUGGUACGUUCUCUCUUUGGCGCUGACACUGCUGGAGUUGGUUCUCCCACGGUGACGGAUACAGGUCCUGGGUAUGCAUGACAGGUUACAUGGGUAUGCAAGUAAUAUUUACAAGGGUCUCCCUGUCUCUCACCCACUGCGUUCCUUGUCAGGGGGUGCAAGGAGGGAACGCAUCUGUAGAGGUUCCGUGGUCUCUACUCUGGCCCAGUGCUGAGUCCUCUGAGUGGAUUCCCCACUCAGGACCCUGUGCCCCUCACACCACAUCUCCCAUGCCUUUCUUUUCUCCCCACCCGAGAGGGAAGCUUUUCUGGUCUGUGUUGGGCUACCCCACCCUCUCGCCUGCCACAGGAUCCUGCCUGAGGGAUGCUGAGAACGGAUGGUAUACAGUAAAUAGAAGGGAGUGCCCUGAGGUCACUGGUCCAUGUCCCCAAAGCCCUGUGCCCAGCAGUCACACUUGACACAUGAAGAAAAACUGUCCCCAAGCAGAGAACUAGCAGAGGUGGCAGGACAGAGACAUCCAACCCAAUCAUACGGAAUUGUCCCCUUCUUUGGUGGUCCUAGGAUGCACGUCCUGGGGCCAAACCUGCUUGCAAAGCAAGAAGGUUGAUUGACAGUGGUCACACUUUCAGAGAGACUUAUCCUACGACACCCUCAAGUCUUUGCACGGCCCUUCUCAAACCCCUUUGCAAAGCUCCCUCUACCUGUGUGGGGGACCUGGGGCCCCCACACAAAGUUGUUCCCAUGUGAACAUCUCUCUCUCCUGGUAACACUUGUGUCUCCGUGGCUCAGCAUUCAUGCAUCUUGGAGACAUUUUACAUACGUGUGCUCACGUGCCAGGACUCCAGUACCACUAAGGACCAUUCUUAUCAGUAGUUGCGUCCUCAUCUAACAAGGCUGCCUUCUGAAUUCAUCCCUGUGGCCAGCGCUGGGCUGAGAUCUGCCCCCCGCCCCCCAGCAACCUACUAAGGACCUAGAGUUUAGUUCCUCCUUUCUCUUUAAUCCCAUCAGGACCUCUUUGGUCCAUGGACCCCAGUCUUUAUCAUGUGUCUUUGUAUCAAGAGAGGAAGUAAGAGGAGAGAGGGCCAGAGAGGGCUGAGCUACUGGGAACCUGACAUGUCACCAGGAACUGGAACCCAUUCAUCUGCUUCCCCUGUUUUCAGAUGAAUGACCCACUGGGGGCUGGAGAGGGAGAUUUCUCCACAGUUCUGGGUGCUUCAAGGGAGCCAGAGGAAGGGGUUUCUUUACAAGGAGGGACCGAUCACCCACCUCCUAGGGGUCUGACCUGCUCUGAAUCUAGGAUCUAUGACUCUGUGAAGGAUCCACAGACUUGAAGAAAAAAAAAAAAAAGAGUGUGGUGGCAACCCACCUGUAAUCCUGGAACUCUGGAGGCUGAGGCAGGAGGAUAACAAGUUUGAGGACAGCCUGGGCUCCAUAGGAUUUCUGAAGACCUGUUUGUGAUUAAGGACUUGAAUGAUACAGGGAGAGUCCCAGCCUUCCUGGUUCCUCUGCCACUCUUCCACUUACGGGACCUGGGUCUCUUGGGUCAGAUGUCACCUCUUCUCUCUUGCUCUUUCCUGACCUCCCCACCCUGGGCUGGACCUGUGCUUGGGCUCCAGGCUCCAUCCCUCCCUGGCUUCCCUCGCUUCCUCCAGCUAACAGGCCCUGGCUGGCUAGCAGCCCCGUAAUGCGCAAACACUUGGAUCCAGGCAGCAAGCCAGUCUUCCCUGAGGAAGCAUCUGAGGAUGAUGGGUUCCUCUACCCUGCACAGAGCCAAAAGAAAGAAAAGGUCAGGUCGUUAGAUACAUCCCCCACCCCCGCCACCCCAACUGCUGGCCUCCUCAGCACCUCACUCUGGACAAUGCCCCUUGUUCCAUCACACCAGCCACCCACUCCACUAGCACCAAACGGCUUCUGUCUCUUCCUCAUGUUGCAAAACCUUCGAGACACAGGCUUUGGAGGGAACAAGUCCUUUCUAGCUUUGUGUGGGGACAUCUCCUGUGUCCCCAUCCCCAGAGCUAACCUAGAAACUCCAAGUGGUCCCUUGGAUGGUUUGAAUGCGUGUUUUCUCUUACUGGUCAGAGGGGGAAGGGCCUGUGUGUCAUGUGCUCGGUCCUCUUGUUCUCUGUAGCAACUUGAACUUUGGGCCAAUAGGAGCCCUAGAUGGGUGUUGCCCGGUUGGUGGCUGUAUACGGGAUACCUAGCGCAGGAGGUGGGUAGAGCGCUUGCCUAACACCCCCCAAAGCCCUGAGUUCCAUCCCAAGUACCACAUAAACCAGAUAUGAUGGUGCUUGACUAGGUUCCCAUACACAAGAGGCAGAGGCAGGAGGAUCAGAAGUUCAGAGUCAUCCUUGACCAUAUAGUGAGUUUGAGACCAGCCUGGGCACCAUGAGACCUUGUCUUGAAAAAUAAUUUUUGUAAAUUUAGGAGUCUUGGCACCUCCAACCCCAUGUACAGACACUGCAUGUCUCCCCCAAACACACACAAAGCCAGACUCCCCUCAACCUCCAUAUCCCUUGUCCCCAGUUGGACAUGGCGACCUAAGGUGUACAGAUCAAACGAGUGCCACCCACUUUUAACCUGGGGUCCUCGAGCUCCAGGCUGCAUAGUGGUUUUCACAUUCUUUGUAACUGAGGAUGAAAAACAAAAUCAAAAGAAGAAAAAUAUGACCCAGGCAGAUUCAAUGCAAUUCAAAUUUCCCAUCAGUUCCAUGUUGUUCCCAGCAUUGACAAAAUUAUUUGCAAGAGAGACCCCAAGACCCAUAGAGUCAAAAUAUAUUGUGACUUGGUCUGUGGUCAACUGGGCUGGCCUCUGAUGUAGUAGACUGUCUUACUGAGGAAUAAACCCACCAGAGUAGAAGGGAUGGGUGCCUGUGGGAAGCAGCCUACAGAAUUCCAAACGCUGAGAAGGGAGAGACAGCUCCUGGGCCCUGGCCAGGUGUUGUACCUGCUAGCACUGUGAGUCAAGUCCUUGAGGCUAUUGUGAGCUCUCAGAUGUGUCCAGCCCAUAGCCCACAGACUGCCUGCACCCCCAAACAGCUGUGAAUGUGACCCACUACAAAAACUGUAAACUAACUUAAAAUAUUAAGGGUUUUUUUAAUAUAUAUAUAUAUAUAUUUUCUUUUCCAUUUCUUUUUUUUCCCUAAGGGUAUGAACUUUGUAGAUGACCAUGCCAUGUCUCAGUGUCAAAGGUGCAGGAUGCAUGGCUAGCUAGACUUCAAGGUUGCCUGGGUCAGUCAGUGAUGCCGGCACAGACACAGGUUGGCUUCAACAACAGAUACUCAUUUCUCCCAGAUCUGGGAUCAUCUCCUCCACGGUGCCUUUCUCCAAUCUCUUGUCUCUGGUGUCUUUUUCUUCUAUGAAUACUAAGAACACUGCAUUUCUUCUUAAUUAGAGCCCCACCCCUCUGACCUCUUCAAAGAUUCUUUCUGUGGGAGUGGCCUUAAGGACUUCAACGGGAGAUGUUGGGGAAAGACUCAGUGUGAGCAUUGUGGGAAGUCAUCCUUCAGUCCUGUACCAAGACCCUAGAGGUGGCUGAGGCUGUGGAUUUCCAUUAUCUGACGGCUUCCCAUCUCUGGUUUUUCAUUUCCACACUGGCCCCAAGCUGGAGUCCCCAAACAGGCCCUCCCUGUCCUCAUGUCCUGCCGAUCUUCAUUACAUCCAUCCACCCUCCUGGGGACUGGUCUUGUUGUAAGAGUGAUCCUGGUAAAGCCAAGCCUCCUUUUGCCCCUAGGUCGGCUUCUGUGAGAAACUACCACACACCAAGAGGUUUUUCACCAUCUGGCAGAUCCAGAGUCCAAAACAGAAUGUCCACAUGACCCACCCCCUCUGGAAUUUCUCAGUGUUUCCCUGUUGCUUCUUGACAUGUAAGGGUAUGUGAUAAACGCCAACAUUGCUUGGCUUGUGGGAGCAUCUCUCCAAUCUCUGUCUUUGUCUCCACCAGCCACACGGGGCUCCUUCCAUCUUUGUCUUCGUGUGGCUCUUUUUAUGUGGACCCAGUCCUGUUGAAUCAGGACACAGUGUAUGGGUUAUUAUUCUUGUGACUCUAACCAAAUGCCUGAGAGAACCAAUGCAAGGGAGGAGUUAUAUAUAUAUUUUUUUGGCUCACAGUUUCAGAGGACCCAGUUCAUCAUUGUCUGGCUCUGUGUUCCCAGACCUGUCUUGAGGCAGAAUGUGAUGGUGGUGUGAAGGCGAGGAGGGAGAGCAUGUUCUUUGUGGUAAAUAGGAAGCAGAGAGAGAGAACAAGCAGCACAGAGAGGAGUUAGGGUGAGAUGUCUCGUGGCCAUGUCCCCACUGGCCUACUUCGUCCAGCUAGGACCUACCUCCUGCCUUGGGGCAUCACAUUGUGACUCCAUCCAGGGUCUCAUUGUAGGUUAGGUCAUCGGUAUCAAACUGUCUCCAGAAACUACAUCAUAGACACCCAGAGGUGCUUUGCCGAUCCCUUGAAAAGCAUUUCUUAAUUCUGUCAAGGUGACACAAUCAAGAUUGCCCAUCACAUCCCUUUACUCAAGUGUGAUCUCAUCGGAAGUAACACACCUUCAUGACCCUGUUUCCAACCGGGGCCUGUUCUGAGGCCCUGGGACACAACUCAAACCCUAGCGUUCUCUCAGUGACUGUCCUCUGUAAGCAGUGUCAUCUUGGCUCCUUUGUGGCAAACCCUGGGUCCUCCAGAGAGAGAUUUCCCAGAAUCCAUGGGCUACUUCUCAAUCCUACUUAUGACAGACAUGCCCCAUCCUUGAGUCCCGAUAGUCAUAGGCUUUCAGCACAUGCAUAGUCAGAGCGGGCAAUGCAGAAGUAACAAUAAGGUCACUGGGAUGAGGAUUUAGAAAGAUCUGUGUAUAAAAGGUCUAGAAGGAUGAAUAUCUAGACCAAGGAGGGUGAAUGUGUAAUGUUCCUACCAUUGCCGCCCCUUCCUCUACCCUUGGCAGACAUUGCUAAUCAAUCUCAGCACACCUUCCAACUGCAGCCAUAGAACAUUAGCCAGGUAAGCCCCAAAUGUGCUGAGAAGGGAAGAUAGGUCCCCCAGAAAGCCCCUUCUAAUAACCAAUAGUGGCUUUAGAACUCACGCCUCAGAGUUUUUCAGAAACCCAGCCACUUGGGGGCUCUCCUUAGUGGAUAGUCUGCUUGGAACUGUAUAGGAGUUACUUUCUAAUUAGGGAAUUUGGCAAGCUAGGAAAGGAUUCUUUCCAGGUAACCCUGUAGCUGGUACCAUUUAGUAAACUGCUUGCUGCUUAGAGAGAAUCAUUUAUUCUCUGGGACAGCUUCCCUGCCACGAAACAGCUGGACUGUAUGGCCACAAAGAUGGACACCUGGAAAUAUGGCUGCACACACGGUAGCAGGCCCAGAAGCAGGAAGGAGUUCUGAAGUUCAGCCAGGGAAGUCAGGAUAUGUGGCAUAAGGUGUUGGGAAAAAGGAAUCUGACCCUAAAUGCUUUUUCAUCUCUUGCCUGUAUGCAAGGCCCAACAUCGAGUUUUCACCCAGUGGCCUCUGAGGUUCUCAUGGACCCGAAACUCACUCUACGCCUGAACUCUUCAAAUGCUGCUGAUAACCAAUUUGGUGACCAAUAGGACCUUGCAUGGGCCACUCUUCACCUCCUGCCUGAUCCCAUCUCUUGCCCACGUGCUGAGGAAGAAUGAAAACUAGCCAUUGUGUACUUAGCUUAAAUGGAAUCUGGAGAGUGAUGUCCCGUUCCAUGCAGCUGGUAGCCAUUGUUUGUGACUCUGUGAUAUUUGCAUUGUAGAUCCUUAGAUUUGAAAGUCUGGUGAUUCAAACCAAAGCUUAGUUUUCCUUUUCUACUAAUUUGAAGGGAAAAAAAUCCCAGCUUGGCUAUUUCUUCACAUCUUAAAAUGCCUUGACUUCUCUCGAUAACCCACCGCAGGUACCAGGAUGUGAGAAAUGCUAGGUUCGGGAUGUAAGAGGUAACUCUAUCCAGUGACAGGCAAUGCCCAAGAAACAUCCAAUCAUGAAAAUAGAUGUCUGUGAUGUACAGAAGGCUGCGGGAACCUGCAGGGGCCAUAAAUGCACACAAGUGUGGGCAGUAGUCCAUGAAGCUGAGGUCUGAAGGAAGAGGAGGAGGCAGGAAGGGCAGACUGGCCGAAUUAGAAGUCUAUCAAUCUCGGUGCUGUUGACCUUGGACUCAGUCAAUUCUUGGGUUCCUGUUAUAGCCCAGGCUAGCCUCAAACCCUUGAUCCUCCUGUCCCUGGUGGAGAAACAGCCACUAAACAGCAUGAUAGAAUGUGACUGCCCUGUCCCUGAUCUGGGUGUGGCUGAUGGAAAGUUCUCUGUACCAUGCCUUUAAUCAGAUCCAGGGUACCCAGUGGCUCAGAACUGGAGGAGGGGAUGGUAGACAUUGCAAGAGACUGGAGUUUGGUGAGCACUUUGGAAUUUGACACACAUGGCUGAGUGCCUCGUGGGAAGGAAGCUGGGUCACUGGGACUCUGCUCCAUGAGGGUCAACAAGCCGCAUCCUCACCCUGCCCAGGGUGGGACAUUGACAAUCUGUGGAUGUCUCUACUGUACACAGGCCAGGCACCAGCCCUCCUCCUGAAAGCCUGCUCUUGUCUGCUCCUGUUUCUUACCCAUGCUGUCCCACCACCUCUCAUACAGAGCUCUGAUGUGUCAGCCUCCUGACCCCCAGACCCAUAUGGACACACUGGAAAGCCCCACCAGAUAGUCUUGCCAUAGUUUCUCUCUCUCUCUCUCUCUCUCUCUCUCUCUCUCUCUCUCUCUCUCUCUCUCUCUCUCGGCAUUGCGCUUCACUCUAAGCAUGGGCCACUGGAGUACUGACAUCAGAGACACGCAGGAACAUGGAGACAUGUUGGCGGAAAGAUACCCACACCCUACAUAAUUCUCUAGAGAAAUAAUGAAUGUGUUGGGCAAAGCCCUGAUUUGUUAUUGAAGAAGCUGACAAUAACCCAGGGGUCAAAGAGAGUCCCAGACUGAAUGUGUAAUGGGGCCUAAAGUGUAGGAGAGACUGCAUUAGCUUUGUUGGUAGGGUGGGGUUUCUUCCGUUCCUCUAAGUAUCUGUGUGGGCUUGAGGCAUGGUAAACAGCGCCUUGACCAACUAUAGAACUCCCUGGGGUGGGACCUGUAAAUGAAUGGGGCACUCAGAUCUGCUUCAACUUGAUUCAACUCACAGUUCUCUACUUCCUCUGGCUAACUGUGGCUUCACCAACAAGUUCUCAGCGUCCUUGGCUCUGCUGGAGCAUACUUUGGACUUUCUUAGCUUUGUGAAACCCUUAGCGCUUGAUCUGUUGCUGGUCCCCAUGUGGGUGGCUGCCAUUAAUAGUGGCUCCAUAGCAUCCCAGUCUCUGACAUCUUGGCACCCGACUGAAUGCCUCACCCCAAAGUGUACCUCUCAGGAUAUCGCUGGGCACAGGCAGGUGAAAUAAAGAGGCAGUGGGUGUCUCCUACCCAUUUAGAUGCUGAUGUCCUGGGGACUGUGAACAGGGACAUCUGGGUCUCCUAAGGAAUAGCUUGGAACAACUUCCAGGUACAGGGGGAACUGAGAGGUCUCCAGAAAGACCAUCCCCUGACCUUGGUAGAAGCAGGAAGCUUUUCCUCCUGUUCCACAGCCCCAAGAUCAAAGCCAAGGCCAUCAUCGGGGGCACACAAGUCUGGCUCCACAGGCAAGCAGCCUUGCCAUAGCAGGCCAGACUCUACAGCCCAGGUUCCCACUCCAGACCUGUUGUUCCUCCAUCUUUUGAUCUUUUCUUGGCGGUCUGCUCUAUAGACUCCUCUGUCAUAUGUCCCAACAGGUGGACAGCUCUCCAAGUCACCAACUUGAGGAAAAUCCCUCAUUGUAAAAAAGGCUUUCUUUGUAAAUUAUUCUGUUGCCUUUUUCUAAACACAAAGUAUAUAUACCUAUAAAUGCUAUAUAUAUUAUAUAUGUGUAUAUAUAUAAAGACUAAUUCUUGUACAGCCCUCCGCGGACCUCAGGCCCACACUGUUUUCUCCAUGUCUGUCUGUACUGACUGUUGCAGGGUGAGCUGAUGUAUGACCUUGGUUUCCCAUUUCCUUCUGGACCACUGUCUCUUUCUUCCCCUCUCUGUCUUACUCUCUGUCUCUUUCACUUGUUGCCAACAUGUUGCUGGGAAAGAAUAUUUGAUUUAGUUGCCAUCCAAGAAAACAAGCAGAAUGGGUGAAUGGGUAGAUGGAUCAAUGAGUGGAUGGGUGAGUGGAUGGAUGGAUAGAUAGAUGGAUGGACAGAUGAAUGGGUGGGUAGAUUGAUGUAUUGGUGGAUAUGUGGAUAUGUGAGUGGAUGGGCAUGCAAGUAGGUGGAUGAACAGAAGAGUAAAUGAAUAGAAGGAUGGAUGGAUGGAUGGAUGGAUGGAUGGAUGGAUGGAUGGAUGGACAGGUCAGUGGAGGGGUAGAUGGAUGGGUGGAUGGUAAAAUUGAUGGAUGUGUGGAUGGGUGAGUGGGUGGAUGAGUGGGUAGGAAGAUGGGUAGAUGGGUAGAUGGAUGGCUGAGUGGAUGGAUGGAUGGAUGGAUGGAUGGAUGGAUGGAUGGAGAGGAUGGAUGAAUGGGUUGAUUGGUGGUUGGAUGAGAGGUGGGUGAGUGGGUGGGUGGAUAGGCAGGUGGGUAGGUAGCUGGAUGGAUGGGUGGAUACAUGGAUGGAUGGGCAGAUGGGUGGGUGGAUGGUCCACUGUGUAUAUUUGUACAGAUCAUUUAUAAAGUUUUCUACACUUCUCAAAAAAGUAUUUCUAACCUGGGCUGUUGGACAGUCUGUGAGCCUAUGAGCCAGUGAGCCUGUUGUUUCUUGUGUCUAGUGCAAUGUUUAGUGAGAAUCCAAUGUCUGAGCUAUUUAUGCCAAUAAAGAAUUUGAGACUUAC